CAUCAGGGUCACGGACUUUGGCACCAGCUUUUUUGUGAAAAGUCAACCUCUGCAUGUUGGUGGGACCCUGCCAUUCCAAUCUCCGGAGGUAUUGCUGGGCUACAGAUUGACCUGUGCAGUGGACAUGUGGGCACUGGGCUGCACGGUGGCGGAGUUGGUGACCGGCAGGGAAUUAUUCCAGUCGGACAGCUGCGACGACCACCUCCCGUGCUGCAUGGAGAUCCUCGGGUUGCCUCCAAGAUGUAUGAUGGAUGCAGCUCCUGACGGAAUGCACUACUUUGAUCGUGUGGGCAUGAUGUUCUGCCCAGUCAAGAGAAGGGUGCCAGGGAGCUUGUCACUUCACGGGGCACUCAAUAGCCACGACCCGGAGUUUGUUGAUUUCGUCAGCUCUUGCCUGCGAUGGGAUCCGGAUUGUCGCAUGACGCCAGCGCAGGCGCUGGGUCACAGCUGGCUCCGGACCGCGGCCACCAGCACCACCAGCACCACCAGCAACGCCACCACCACUGCUACUCCUGGCAGUGUACAGUGUUUUGGAGCUGCUGAGCGACGAGCGGAGCCGGCGCUGCCCCCAUCCUCCGCGCUUGCCCAGGCCUCUAAAUGGCUGACGGUUGUUGUGGAGGAAGAGGAGACUCCGGUGGAGGAGCUGUUGGUGCAGGAGGAGGAGACCCUGGUGGAGGAGCUGGUGGUGCAGGAGGAGAAGACCCUGGUGGAGGAGCUAGUGGUGCAGGAGGAGGAGACCCUGGUGGAGGAGCUGGUGGGAUAA